AUGACCCAGUCUCACCAAUCCGGAAAACUGGUUUGUUCAAGCGGGAAAAACAAACGUCGAUCUCCAUCCUCACCACCCUCGUCCAAACCACCAUCCCCAUGCUCAUCAACUCCCAUCCUCACAGUUCUUGUCAUGAUCACAUUUGCUCGUGUACUCACAUGCGCUCACACCUAUCGUCAACCACAUGAGACCAUCGAUAAUUUUUCCGGGUCAAUCAUACUCGAAUGCGUGUUGUCCAGUCCGUUGGCUGAAUCGAAUCCCGGUGUGGCUAGAGCAUUCCUGCCCGAAGGAGGUUCCACUGAUCAAUGGCCACCGGUCAAUACACUGUGCACAUUUGUCGGUUGGGGUUGUCUGGAAAAGGGGUAUGGACCGUCUGCCAAAGCACAAGUUGUUGCCCUCAAAGUGAUGCCUCAUUGGAUCUGUUCAGCUAUGUAUCAACACGCGGCCGGAUUGAAUGUAGAUCAUGAGUUCUGUGCUGGUUUCUACGAGUCCAAUGUGGGAAUUUGUCCGGGUGACAGCGGAAGUGGCUUGAUAUAUUUGGAUCACAAAAAACCGGUGGUAGUUGGCGUUGCUUCGGCCACGCACGCAACGAAACCAGAAGCAUUUCCGGGUCUAUUCACUCGUGUAUCGUCUUUCAAUGAUUGGAUUAAGAAGACCAUAGAAGAGAAUAACUGA